AUGUAUCCUCGCACGAUCAUUCACUCCGGUCAAUUCAGCCGUAUUGUGGAUCCAGAAUUCCCCAAGAGUCUCAGAAUCGGCACCGGACGCCUCAUUCCCAGAAGAUUCAAUCCUCCAAGUACAUGGGAUUCACCGCAAACGCUCUUCCCACCUACCCGCGGUCGUAACAAUACCUUGCCUGUGAAUCGCUUCAUCAACUCAACCGACCGCAGACAGUUCUUAAUCUACACCGGCGGCGCAAUUUCGGGAACUACCCAACAACACCCAGAAGGCAGCUGUGCCUUCGUCUUCCAGUCGCCAGACUGCGGGCCUGAUGGCUAUGCAAGCUUUGCUCUUGAGAGGGAAGGUCCCACUGGCCAAGCUCACCCUGGAACGAAAGUUCGAGCCGAGCUCCGCGCGGUCAUUGCAGCUCUUCGAUACAAAUACUGGAUAGAAGAGGGAUUCAACAGUCUCGUGAUCGCCACUGCCUCCGAAUACGUGGUUAAAGGCAUCACCGAAUGGGUGUCGGUGUGGCUCACAACCAGCUGGAGAACCAGUACAUGUGCUGAUGUCAAGAAUCGUGACCUUUGGGAAUGUCUGCUGGGCGAGAUUGAGGCGUGGGAUGAUGAGGGCAUGGAGGUUCGGUUCUGGGCUAUUCCAAGGGAGUGGAGCACGUGUGCUGACUCUCAUGCUAAAGAGGCUCGGCUCAAGAGGCCUCAUGAACAGUUUCAUGAUGUGUAG